AUGUUGUUCUUUUCAUUCUUCAAAUCGUUGGUUGGCCGAGAAGUUAUUAUUGAAUUGAAAAAUGAUUUAAGACAUCCACACAUGAUUUCUGUAAAGAAUUGUUUUAUUCGCGGUUCAGUAAUUCGUUAUGUACAUCUUCCAUCUGAUGGAAUUGACACUCAAUUACUUCAAGAAGCUACUCGAAAAGAAGUUUUGCAAAGUCGACAACAGGGGGGUACAUCUAAUAAAUAA